AUGGGGCGAAACAUUGACAGACUCAAAAGACUCCAGUCUUCCAACGAUCGAGUUGAAAUCGUGCAAAUCACUAACAACGUGGAAACUGACACCCAAGCCCUGCAGCAGUUUGGUACCAUAGACGCCAUGCUGGACAGCUCUCCUCCUGAAGCCUCGAAUUCCACGCAUAUCAAGAGCGGUAUUUUGGCUCUAAGACAUUCGGGGAGCAUUAGCCUAAUGGGAGGGAUUCAAGGUGAUCUUACUAGUCCGCAUGGCGUUGUUAUGCAUAGGGAUUUGAAGAUCAGGGGGAAGGCGAUGUAUGACAGAGAGGAUGUGGGCGGUAUGAUCAAGUUGGUGGAGGCUGGCUUGUUGAAAUUGGGAGAGAAGGGUGGGCAGGAGGCUGUUACUGUUUUCGGCUUGGAUGAUUGGGAGGAGGCUUUCAAAGCUGCGAAGGAAUACUCUGGGACGAGGAAGACAGCUGUGAUUGUGCCAUGA